CGCUGGGGCAGAGGGCUGGCGGGCAGCUGCUGGGUCCCGGAGCUGGGAGCGCAGCGUGGUGCGCGAUCUAGAGCCAGCGGCGGCGAGCCUGGAGUCCCCAGCGCGGAGCCAAGCCAGCUGCAGUCGGGACCAGGGCUCAGGGGCGCGGCGGCGGCUGCAACGGGAGGACGAUGGCAGUGCCCGCUGGAGCCGGCGCAGCGAUUGCAGCCGCAGACCGCAGGCGCUGGCUGUGGUCUGUGCUGGCGGCGGCGCUCGGGCUCUUAACAGCUAGAGUAUCGGCCUUGGAGGUGUAUACACCAAAAGAGAUCUUUGUGGCAAAUGGGACCCAGGGGAAGCUGACGUGCAAGUUCAAGUCUCUUAACACAACCGGCAUCUCAACCUCAGUCUCCUGGAGCUUCCAGCCGGAAGGGGCCGACACCACCGUGUCGUUUUUCCACUACUCUCAAGGGCAAGUAUACCUUGGGAAUUAUCCACCGUUUAAGGACAGAAUCAGCUGGGCUGGAGACCUGGACAAGAAAGAUGCAUCAAUCAACAUAGAAAAUAUGCAGUUUAUACACAAUGGCACCUAUAUCUGUGAUGUCAAAAACCCUCCGGACAUUGUUGUCCAGCCGGGACACAUUAGGCUCUAUGUUGUAGAGAAAGAGAGUUUGCCCAUGUUUCCUGUUUGGACGGUAGUGGGUGUAGUAACUGCCGUGACCCUUGGUCUCAUGCUGCUCAUCGUCGCAAUCCUGGCUGUCCUUUAUAGAAGGAGGAACUCAAAACGGAAUUAUACUGGCUGCAGUACAUCAGAGAGUCUGUCACCGGUUAAGCAGACUCCACGCAAGUCUCCCUCCGACACAGAGGGUCUAGUAAAGAGUCUGCCUUCUGGAUCUCACCAGGGCCCAGUCAUAUAUGCGCAGUUAGACCACUCUGGCGGACAUCACAGUGACAGGAUUAACAAGUCAGAGUCUGUAGUGUACGCGGACAUCCGGAAAAAUUAAGAGAAGACCUAACGACACAUCCUGAGCAAGCAAACAACUCCCAACCGGACUCGUGUGAAGCAAGUGUAGCCCCUAACUACACGUGGCCUUGUAAACCUGGGCAAGGACGGCACCUGUGCAUUUGUAGAGGGAAAAAAAUAUGUAUAAAGGAUAUGUAUUCUAUUUAAUCUUCCUGAUGCGAGGAGCCAAUGUUGCAUGAUGAACAGAUGGUAUGAUUCUACGUAUGUAUAAAUUGUCUUGCUGAUUUUGUACUUUCUUCCAGGGGUAUUUAGGAUAAGAAAUUUCAGAAACAUUCCUAUCACCAUCAUUGAAACACAGUUUGCCUUAACAGAGACUGUAGCAGAUCUUUUAGUAUUCCGAUAGACAUGGCCUUUUUAUCUAAGGGCUUAACCAGUCUUAGCAUUUACUGUAGUUGGCGAAUGGAGAUACUCAGCUGGAAGCAUAGCCAGGUGGCCUGUGACCGAGUGUCAGCACCGUUUAUUUGGUUGUAACUUUUAGGAAAUAUCCAUUAGCUGUGCCACUUUUCAAGACAAUUUGAGAAGUUUUUGUUGCUGUUUUUCUCUCUAAAACAUGGGGCAGUUUUUAGCUUUAUAUGUUGUGUGAACUUACUUUGUUCUGCCCUUUAGUUAUGUCAUAUGAAUCUGUGGAUUCUUAACAACAAGAUUGGCAACGGUUAAAUGCCUGAGGUCAAGUCCUUCUAAGUACUUUUUGAUCGAUGCCAUAGAUAUAAUUAAAGUAGAAAAUCCAGGCUUUGCUUUAGGAGUAUUGUGCCAUUUGGAGAGUAAAAGGGAUCAGUUAUUCUCUUGGCUGAAGUUCUUUCUUGUUUGAAAUAAGAGUUCCCCAUGUAUAGCUGAUUUCCUUCUGAGAAAACAGAAAUGGGGUAAUAAGAUCGCCAGUCUCCAAUAUCGCAGAGCUCUCCCUGGAGAGUCAUCUUUACACAGCCUUCCGACGUGCUUCCAGCUGGAGGCAGCAGUCAAGGCUCUGUGAUAGCAUUAUGGUUCCUCAAAGACUUUGAGGUUAAAGAGGGUCGAGAUUUCUUAAAUCAGCAAGUAGGACAAGUACUUAGAAGGAUUUGACCUCAGGCAUUUAACCUUUGCCAAUCUUUCUAUUAAGAAUCCACAGAUU